AUGGAGGAGGACGACCUACCCGAUCUUGAAAUUGGGAUCCGCUUAGCGGGAGACGACUGGCGCACUUCAAAUCCAAACGUACGCCAAGCAAUAUCACCCAUUCCUAUCCCGAGCGACAUUCUGCGGAAAAACGAGGCUCGCUCAUUCGAAGGGGUCUAUGAGGAUGAGGAGCUACCUGAUCUUACCACAGGAGAUUCAGUGAGGGACGACAUAACUCGCAUACUCGUCCUGUUACCAUCGGACGACUACAAUGCACCACUUCGAGGCCAAAGAGAACGACUACGGUUGCCACCAGAUGGACCGCUGAGCGCCGAGCGUCAUAGUGGCCAUAUUGGAGGAUACGAUGCUGUCUCAUACACAUGGGGGACAAACAUGGUGCUGAACUACCAAUACCUCUAA